GCGCGCCAGCCUGGCUGUGCGUGCUCACGUGACAGGUCCGCGAGGCCCAGCUCGCGCAGUCGUCCGAGCGAGCGAAGAUGGCGGCCGAGAGGGAGCCUCCUCCGCUGGGGGACGGGAAACCCACCGACUUUGAGGAACUGGAGGACGGAGAAGACUUGUUCACCAGCACUGUCUCCACGCUAGAGUCGAGCCCAUCUUCUCCAGAACCAGCUAGUCUUCCUGCAGAAGAUAUCAGUGCAAACUCUAAUGGCCCAAAACCUGCAGAAGUUGUACUAGAUGAUGACAGAGAAGAUCUUUUUGCAGAAGCCACAGAAGAAGUUUCUUUGGACAGCCCAGAAAGGGAGCCAAUACUCUCCUCGGAACCUUCUCCUGCAGUCACACCUGUCACCCCUACUGCACUCAUUGCUCCUAGAAUUGAAUCAAAGAGUAUGUCUGCUCCUGUGAUCUUUGAUAGAUCCAGGGAGGAGAUUGAAGAAGAAGCAAAUGGAGAUAUUUUUGAUAUAGAAAUCGGUGUGUCGGAUCCAGAAAAAGUUGGUGAUGGCAUGAAUGCUUACAUGGCAUAUAGAGUAACAACAAAGACUUCUCUUUCCAUGUUCAGCAAGAGUGAAUUUUCAGUUAAAAGAAGAUUCAGUGAUUUUCUUGGUUUGCACAGCAAAUUAGCAAGCAAGUAUUUACACGUUGGUUAUAUUGUACCACCUGCCCCGGAGAAGAGUAUAGUAGGUAUGACCAAGGUUAAAGUAGGUAAAGAAGAUUCAUCAUCCACAGAGUUCGUAGAAAAACGGAGAGCAGCUCUUGAAAGGUAUCUUCAAAGAACAGUAAAACAUCCAACUUUACUACAGGAUCCUGAUUUAAGGCAGUUCUUGGAAAGUUCAGAGCUGCCUAGAGCAGUUAAUACUCAGGCUCUGAGUGGAGCAGGAAUAUUGAGGAUGGUGAACAAGGCUGCGGACGCUGUCAACAAAAUGACAAUCAAGAUGAAUGAAUCGGAUGCAUGGUUUGAAGAAAAGCAACAGCAAUUUGAGAAUCUAGACCAGCAACUUAGGAAACUUCAUGCCAGUGUGGAAGCCUUGGUCUGUCAUAGAAAAGAACUUUCAGCCAACACAGCUGCCUUUGCUAAAAGUGCUGCCAUGUUAGGUAAUUCUGAGGAUCAUACUGCUUUAUCUAGAGCUCUGUCUCAGCUUGCAGAGGUUGAGGAGAAGAUAGACCAGUUACAUCAAGAACAAGCUUUUGCUGACUUUUACAUGUUUUCGGAACUACUUAGCGACUAUAUUCGUCUUAUUGCUGCAGUGAAAGGUGUAUUUGACCAUCGAAUGAAGUGCUGGCAAAAAUGGGAAGAUGCUCAGAUUACUUUGCUCAAAAAACGUGAAACUGAAGCAAAAAUGAUGGUUGCUAACAAACCAGAUAAAAUACAGCAAGCUAAAAAUGAAAUACGAGAGGAAAUUGAAGAGUGGGAGGCAAAAGUACAACAAGGGGAAAGAGAUUUUGAACAGAUCUCUAAAACAAUUCGAAAAGAAGUAGGAAGAUUUGAGAAAGAACGAGUGAAAGAUUUUAAAACUGUUAUCAUCAAGUACUUAGAAUCCUUAGUGCAAACACAGCAACAGCUGAUAAAAUACUGGGAAGCAUUCCUACCUGAAGCCAAAGCCAUUGCCUAGCAAUAAGAUUAUUCCUGUUAAGAAGACAUUGGAUGUUUGUUCCAGUCAUGCUGAAUUCCACAAUGAAAUCAUUUAAAACCAUCUAAAUAAACCACUAUAUAUUUUAUGAAUUACAUGUGGUUUUUUUACAUAUAUACACAUAUAUGUAUAUAUGUGUGUGUGUGUAUAAGACAUACAUACACACACACAUAUAUAAAUACACUCUGACAUUUUAUUACAAGCUGCAUGUCCUGACCCUCUUUGAAUUAAGUGGACUGUGGCAUGACAUUCUGCAAUAUUUUGCUGAAUUGAACACUAUUGUGUCUUAAAUACUUGCACUAAAAAGUGCACUGCAAGGCCAGAAGAUUUUACAAUAUUUUUUUCUUUAUAAUAUGUUCUGUAGUACCUUACCCUCUUUAUGAAGUGAAUUAUCAAUGCAUUGGUUAUUGUUCACUUAUACAUUCCUGUACAGAAAUUAUGACUUUGUGAUUACAGUAAUAAAAUGAUAUUCCUUGUGAAGUAUUAGUAACAAAUUAUUUGGGUAUGUAAACAUAUUAGGGAUCUUUUGGAUAGAAACAAGUAUUUUCUUCUAAAUAUGUAUAGUUGAUGCUGUAAUACCUUAAAUAUUUUAAUUGACAGAAAAAGCUGAACUCUUUUAUUAUUAAAUGAUUAAAUGAAGCUUAUAAAUUUUCUUAUGAGAUCAUCACAAAUCAAAGAACAAUGAUCUCUUAGUUGUUUUAGGUAAAGAGAAUAAUUGUCUUUGUUUAUUUUAACCAUCCCUGUCUUAAGGUGCCCAAUUUAGGAAUUAGGAAAAGUGUUUAUGAGCUUCUGAUACAAGUCCCAUGGAUAUUGCUCCUCUUCUAUUAUCUUCAGAAUUUAAGAUAUAUAUUUUUUUUCUUGAAUUUUCUUGUUUUUUAAAGUAAUUCAGUUUUGGUUACAAUGGCAAAGAAUGGUAUCAUGUUUAAAUACAGAAUGAUAUGAUGAAUAACCAAGGAUACUAUAAACAAAUUUGAAGUAAAACGAAAUAUUGCUUUGUCUUUGGCACCCUUCAUGUCCUUGUUGUAUCCUACUUAAAUGACUAUUCUCCAAUCCUUAAUGCUGAUGGAAAUUUUACAUUCUGACUAGGAUCAGUUAUUUCCAUUUUUGAAAAUCAUUUUUUAAAACACCCCUUUUCUUAAAUUCACUGACCACAUCUCUCUUCCACAGAAAUAAAAUAUGUGGACUUAAUUUCUUUAAGUAGUUUAUUGGAUACAAUUAAUGAAUCAUGGUAUCCUCAGUGUGUGAUUUAUUUGAAAUAUUAGAGAACUGUAGUUAUUUACAUUUAUAUUCUUAGAACCCAAGAGAAUACCUGACACAUAUUUAAUAAUAAAGGCUUGAUGAAUUUAACAUGAAAAAAAAUCCCAGAAGAUGCAAAGUAAUGUUUACUCUUUUAAUAAAUGGAAGCAGAAACAGUAUAGUUUUCUAUUGUUGCUUCUACUGGAAACAAAUACCUUUGGGUAAUUCAUAGUAGUAUAUAUCAGAUACUAUCUCAUUGCCUCAUUAAUAUUGAGUAGAAAUUAGACUUUUGAAGAACAGUUUCACUGGAAUUGUAUCCAUAUAAUUAUAUUUCUAGUAUUAUAUCCAUGGUUAUGUUACUUCCAACAAUAUAUUUUAUGCAUGUUAAAUAACUUAGUUAUUCAAGCCAAAAAUCUUUCAUUCAGCUGUGGCACAUUAAUUAGAAUAUUUAAUAUCGCCAAAUAAAAUAGUAAAUAGUUUUAGUCUUGGUGAAAGCUGAGUUUGAAGAAAGUAACAUCCAGACUUCAUUCCUCUGACCCACAUUAACUAAAAGAUUGUGUCAGAAAUUUCAAGUAAAUUAUGUGACCUUCUGAAUGAUACCUACCAACAUUUUAGCAUGAUUUAAUUGUUUUAGCACUUCACCCAUCAGUCUUCAUGCCUCCUGUUCAUAUUGUUAAAAUGCUUUCAUUCCAGAUAAAUAUAUAGGCUUGAAAUAUUUAUUUUGGGGGUGUUAGAUGAAGCAGUGUAUGCCUGUAAUCCCAGUUUGGCUCAUUGAGGCUGAAGGAUUGCAAGUUCAAGGCCAACCUGGGCAUCUUACUGAGACCCCCAUCUCAAAGUUUAAAAAAUAAAGGCUGGAAUGUAAUUCAUGGUAAAGUACCCCUUUGUCAGAUGGAAAGUUAAAGAAGGACUAUACCAGCAUAUUAUAACAAACUGAACCUAGGGUCAAUAGGUAUUUUGUUUCUUCUGUCACUUAAUAUGUCUUUGGGCAUAUCAUUUAAACCUCUUAUUUAUAUAAACAAUUGCAUUAAAUUCUUGUUCCUUCUAGUGCCUUUCUAAAUAUUCUGUUUAAAAUAUCAAACUUCAGGGGCUGGGGUAUAAGCAGUAGAGUACCAGCAUGCACAGGCCCUGGGUUCCAUCCCCAGUACUGCCCCCCCCCAAAAAAAAUCAAACUUCAACCUGGGGAGGUGGUUCAGUGGCAGAGUACUUGCCUAGCAUAUAGGAAGCCCUGGGUUCAGGCCUCAGUAACACCAAAAAGAAAGUAAAAUACCACACUUAAAUAUAAAUAUUCUAUUAGGAAAAAAAUUCUAAUCAAAGAUCACUUUCUAUAAGGUAAAAUCAGAAUAAAAUGUAUGUGAAAAUAGAAUUUCUAACAUUUAAGAGUAUGUUUUCUUGAUUUCAUUUUUAGUGAAUUAUUUUCAACUGUUCAGCUUAAUUUAUACAUAUUUAUAUUAAUCAAAGUAUAUCUGUAUGACCAUCUUCAAUAUUUUUUAAAAAUACUGAAUACCUUUAUUCAGUAUAAAAUUAUUCCUAACCCUUAUACUGAAUGAUAUGGUUUUAAGUGAUAAGGUAGAUAAUUGCCUGAACAUGGAAACAGCAUGAAGAAAAGAUUACAGCAGAAGAUAUGUAAUUAUUAAUUAACCUACCUUUGUGAUCAGAGUCAUGAAGGAAGGUUACAGUAAUCUGUGAAUGUGGUCCUUAGAAUUUAGAUAAACAAAUUGCAUAUAAUUGCUUUUUUAUAGACAAAGUUUUUUUUAAAGGAACAAUUAAUUUUAUUAUUUAACCCAGCAGCUUCAAAAUAUUAUUUUACCUGUAAUGCAACAUAUUAAAUGUCAUUGAGAUAUCUUA